UAUGUGUCCACUUGUAUCUCUUCUAGCCUGGUACUAUGCGAUUGUUUAACUUAAGACAAAAAUUAGCAGCAGAUACUGAAAACAUAUUUUGGAACUGUAAAGCUCCUGACUCCUUGGCUCUGUCAUGAUCACCACCUCUGUCAACAAUGCCUGUGUUUUACUCGCCUGUUCCCGAAAACCUGCCGCUGGGUCUGGUGUAUAUGGGAGGCUCUGUGUUCACAAACAACAGGACAGCAGACAGUGACUUCACCAGGGAGCAAGAGGAUGCAUCUGUGGUCAACGAGCUGGUUUCUCACCUCCCCCUUCAAAUGCUCCUGUAUUUCAAUAUGUUUUAUUUUCCCUGUUGGUGGUUUUCAGCUGUGUUCAUGCUAGAAGUAAAGUUCUACUAUCUUCCUGGGUACUAUCAGGCUCUGCUCAUUACUGGGAUGAUCCUACUUACAGUCAUCGAAGUGGUUCGACUUUAUCUGGGCUACACUGGCAACCUCAAAGAAAAGGUGCCAGAGCUGGCAGCCUUCUGGCUCCUGUCUUUCAUGUUCCAGCUGCCAGUGCUGCUGUUCUUCCUGACCGAUGAAGGAAUUGUCAUCCUGCCUCUGGAGAGAGCUGUCCACUCCCUCUAUCUCCUCUUCCUGCUCGCCCAGAUCCUGGCCUCCUUCUUGGCACUUAGAACCAUGACCCGAAAGCUCACCCUGCUCUUCCAUCUGCGCCAGCUUGGCAAGGUGGAGAGCUUCCACCACACAGGGAUGAGCCCAGUGUAUGGGCUUUCUUAUCACCGCAGUGUGCUGCCAAUGUCAGCCACCCAGGAUAUCUACAAUUAAAGCAAAAAUCCAUCCUUUCCUAAUAGCAUGGGUAUCAAAUCUAGUGUUGUAGGAACCACAUUGUUUGAAACUUUCCAGAAAACCUUCAACAGCUGCCAAAGCAUGAGUGUGAGCAUUCAUUUAUUAUUUAAAAGAAAGCAUUUAGAAACCACCUAUUUUGUAAAACUCUGCUCUGUGGGUCUGCGUUUAUUAUGACUGCAUAGCAUUCAGAACUUUUUAGGCCACUGUUGUGCUGAAAUUUGG